AUGUCAAUACGAAAUGGCACUGCUUAAUUUUGUGGACACCUUGGAGAUCAUGGCUUUUAAUAUCCAUAAAGAUGAGGAGCAGCAUCAUCGCUUUGGAGGAGAUGCUCAGCUGAUUGUGGAUGCGAUCAUUGCGCAGUUGCAAAAGAAUAAUUCCAUAUUCCAAGAGUAUUUGAGACAGCUGCGCACAACUGCGUGUUUUGUUAACCAAAUUAAUAUGGAUUUGCCGCUGGUGUUUGAAAUAUUUCUGCCAUUGCGUUUGCCAUUUGCAUUGCAUGCUGAUUUCAAUGCUGAGGCUGGUAGUGUACAAUUCAGCAAACGGAAAAUCUCGCAUCCGUUUUUCUUUGGCAAUGUGGUGAAUGCCAAGUGCAUGAAUAUAUUGUUGCAACGGGAUCUGCAGCUGGCCAUUAGCCAGAUUAACGGUGUUGUUGGCUAUUGGGGUGCCAACUAUGAUUUGAAAUACUCCACGAUGAGUUUCAAUCGUGCUCCCUUUGCCCAUCAGGUGAUUGCCAUGGAACGUGGUCGCAUCCAGCGUGGCAUUCACUUUGACUUCAUCCUGGCCUUGGAGUUCGAUGGCGCUGAGAUGCCGCUGCCCUCCGCCUACAAUGCUCCCAUCAGCUACAAGUGGUUGGCCUACGGAUUGAUCGCUGUCGAUGCCCAUUACCACUCCGCGGAUUGGGGUAUCCUGCUGCCCAGGUGGCAGAAUGCGGACAUGUCUGUCCGUCGUAGGAGCCACAACAUGUUGUUGCUGUUGUACCGCUUGUUGUAUGCUCAGCGGUGUUUUGGCUUUGCCGUUCCCUUUCUCCUCAAAUUGUGCUUCUUCAUGGCAACCGCAGAUCGCGGCGAGCACUACAAGAGCAUGGGAGUUGCCGAGUUGAUGAUAACAACCUUCGGCCAUCAGGUUUUUCGAAAUUUCCGCGAUCUCAUUGUCGCCUCCAAUGUGGUAGAUCCUUUCGCCAAGAUAUUCAGCACCAUUUCAAUGGGUCAACUGCAGACACACGGCAAGGACAUCUUUGUCAUGCUGGCCAAGGGAUUUCAACAGAAUGUGAUAAGCAGCGAACUGAUAGCAAAAUUCUUUCAAAUUGAUUGCAUGCCGCAGCUUGUGAAGGAGCAGUCCCAGCAGGAGGAGGAAGAGCAGGCGAAUGCGAAGCAGCAAGAAGUGGAGAAGCAGAAGAAGAUGCCACUGAUUGAGGCAUCAUCGAGCCGCAAGCGACGACGCAGCAUUUAAAAAGCCAAAGGGGAAAAAUUCAAAAGUAAAAUUGUGCACAAAUUGAUGCUCAGUUCGUUUUGUUGUCCCUUUUUUGUGGCCAUUGCCAAUUGUUGUUGCAUGCCACAUCAAGAAAUUUGAGUAAACUGUAAAUUGGCCAGUGUCGUUUUGUGAUGAGGGGACAACAAAGUCUCUGGAAAUCUCGGUAAUAGCGCAACUUUUAUGCCCAAAAAA